GGUCGCACGGUUAGUCGAUAAUGACCAAUGAAAAAGAUGAAACCACAAAUACCAUGCCGCCGGAAACCGCCAUCAUCUCCGCCAUCACUUGCCACCAAAUCUUACAACUCUCAAAUCAACCGCCACUCAACCGCCGGCGCUCACCACAAUGUGCUCAAUCUUUACUUCACCAUGCUUAAAACCAACAUUCCUCCAGACCCAUAUACAUUCCCAAGUAUGUUCAAAGCUUGUACCUCUUUAAAUCUUUUUUCGCUCGGUCUUUCGUUCCACCAACAUGCUGUCGUUAAUGGGUGUUCCUUUGAUUCCUACAUUGGUGCCUCUUUGAUUAACUUUUAUGCAAAAUUUGGGUUCAAUGAAGGUGCACACAAAAUGUUUGAUGUAAUGCCUGACAGAAAUGUUGUCUCUUGGACUGCGAUUAUCGGGUGUUAUAGUCGGUCGGGUGGUGUGGAGACUGCGUUUCAGUUGUAUAGACGGAUGCAAUGUGAGGGGGUUAAGCCGACUUCAGUUACUUUGCUAACUAUACUUUCUGGAAUUUUUGAGGAUGGUAUUACCCAUGUUCAGUCUUUUCAUGGUUGUGCUAUACGAUACGGGUUUGGUUGCGAUUUGGCUUUAACAAACUGUAUGGUGAGUAUGUAUGGGAAAUGUGGUAGAGUGGUGGAUGCAAGAAACUUGUUUGAAUCGAUGGAUGAACGAGAUAUUGUGUCAUGGAAUUCUCUGGUUUCUGCUUAUGCGUUGAUUGAUGAUGAUGAUAAAGAAAUUUCGAUACUGUUGACUAGGAUGUGUUUAAGUGGAUUACAGCCCGAUCAGCAGACGUUUGGGUUGUUGAUUUCUGCUGCUACUAGACAAGGUAAUUCCUGCAUUGGAAAGGUGGUCCAUGGGAAAGUAGUCACUAGUGGCUUUAUAGUGGAUGUACACAUAAAAACUUUACUUAUAACUAUGUAUCUUAAGUUUAAAGAUCUAACAACUGCUUACCGGAUAUUUGAAGAAAUUUGGGAUAAGGACAUGAUCUUAUGGACUGCAAUGAUUUCUGGGCUUUUACAGAAUGAUUGUCCAGAUAAGGCAUUGGCAUUGUUUCAUAAGAUGUUGGCUUCUAAGGUUAAGCCAUCUACUACAACCAUAGCUUGUGCCCUUGCAGCUUGUGCCCAUAUGGGUUCUUUUCGUGUAGGAACAUCGAUCCACGGUUACCUUUUAAGACAGAACAUACCUGUAGAUAUUCCAACUCACAACUCUCUCAUUACUAUGUAUGCAAAGUGUGGCCAACUAAAUCAAAGUUGUGCUGUUUUUGAAACAAUGAACAAAAAAGACAUUGUGACCUGGAAUGCUAUGGUUGCGGCGCAUGCACAAAAUGGUCAAUUGUCCAAUGCUUUUUAUUUAUUCAGUGAAAUGAGAAAAUCUUUUGAGAGACCAGAUUUGGUUACGGUAGUAUCCCUUCUUCAAGCUUGUGCCUCUUUUGGAGCUCAUCAUCAAGGAAAAUGUAUACACAAUUUUGUCAUUAGGAAUUCUUUCAAAUCUUCCCUCUUAAUUGAUACAGCUUUAGUUGAUAUGUACUUUAAGUGUGGAAAUAUAGAUAGUGCUAGAAGAUGCUUUGAUCGAAUGUCAAACCAUGAUGUAGUCUCAUGGAGUACGGUAAUUGGUGGAUAUGGUAGUCAUGGUCAGGGCAAGAAUGCUCUAAAGAUGUAUACGGAGUUCUUGCAGUCUGAAAUUGAACCAAAUCAUGUUACUUUCUUAUCUAUUCUCUAUGCUUGCAGUCAUAACGGGCUUGUCAAUGAAGGUAUUAGCUUGUUUAAGACUAUGACAAAUCAUUACAAAAUCAAGCCAAAACUCGAGCAUUGUGCUUGCAUGGUUGAUCUCUUGUGUCGAGCUGGUAGGAUAGAAGACGCAUAUGACUUCUACAUGAAGAUGUUUUCUGAGCCGGUCGUUGAUGUUUUAGGCAUUCUUCUUGAUGCUUGCAGGACUAAAGGGAAUAAAGAGCUUGGAGACAUAAUUACGUGUGAAAUAUGCAAGUUAAAACCUGAAGAUGCUGGAAACAUGGUGCAAAUGGUUCAUAUUUAUGCUUCAUCUGCAAGAUGGGAUGAUGUGGGUGAGGCGUGGUUGCAAAUGAGAUCUCUUGGGCUAAAAAAGAUUCCUGCUUGGAGUUGUAUAGAAUUAAAUGGGAACGUUACGACUUUUUUCAAGGACCACAGUUCCCAUCCCGAGUGCAAUGAGAUAGUAAUAUGUUUGAAAUCCAUAUUUACGCAUUUGAAAUCCAAAAAAACGGCUACAGACUCUUUAGAAUGUUAGGAUCAUUGCACAUGAGUAAUGUAUGUCUAGUAUGUUUAUUCUUUAAUCAUGUAUGUCUUCCAAAUUUAUACAUAUGAUCACUUAAUAGUAGUGAAAGCCUUGAUUAUUUGUAAA